ACGCGCCUGAAAAUAACGAAAAUACUUUCAAACCCCAACAUGUUAUACCAUGAUUUGAUCCAAUUUGUUAUAACUAUGCCAGGACUCAUACAUUACUGUACGUAAACCAUUAUUAAAUGCUAUCUCAUCUCAUCUGUUUCAUCAUUAGCCUCGCUUGCUUGAUAUUAAUGCGCGAUGCGACUGUAUGACUCAGGCCUGUAAAAAUAUAACAGGGAUUUUGCAAUAUCUAAAUCUAUAAAUUGAACGUUAGAGACUAUAUAUUUUAUUAUUCAAUACAAAUCGAAGCAGUAUUUUUUCUAGCCUGAAAACUGUUAGCAAAUUUAAAAAUGAGCUUUGGAUUUGAACCAAGUCCUAAUCCAAAGAACCGGUUUCAAAUAUUUGUGAAGGAUCUACAGGGCAGAUCUUUAACGUUUGAGGUAUAUCCAGACACGACCGUAAUAGAACUUAAACAUAUGAUAUUCACACGAUGUCAGAUUGCUGUGGCAUCACAGAGAUUACUUUUUCAAGGUAAACAGCUCGUAGAUGAACACACAAUGGAAUUUAGUGGUAUAAGGAAAGGAAUGAAUGCAACUAUCCACUUGGCAUUAAGGUGUAGAGGUGGAUAAU